UCAUCGUAGAUGCCUUGCUGGUGUACUUUCAAGCGAACUUGAACUUGACUAUACUUUUGUAAAUCAGUCUGGGCUAGGAAAAUUCUCUAAUUGAUUAGACUCAUAAAACCAGUCCUUUGUCAAUGGGGAUUAAUGUAGCUUCUGUUCUUCUCUUAUUGUUUAGAACUUUGGGCUUCUCUUCCCUAUUCUUAAAAUAGGGAGAGUCACAAAUUAUAACAGAAUAGUAUAGAUAUGUACUUACGAUGCUUAAGUGGAAUCAAGCUGCAUUCUACUCUAGCGAGCAGUCAGAUCUGAAGCAGUACUACAGCAUCACUAUAAACUUUAUAGCAUGGAAGGGACGUUAUUCAUUUCAUUUUUAUAUCGCCAGAAAAGAGGUAAAACCUCCAUCAAUAUUGUUGGUAUAACAUCAUGUUUGUGAUAAGGGAGCAUUGCAAAUUAUGGAUGAGGCCUGAUGUGUACUUUUGUUUGUCCAUGGAAUAAAAAAUUAGCUAUCAAACAUUCCCAAAUCUUUUAAAUUCUAAAAGAAAGUUUCUUGGAGAUAAAUACUUUCUAUUAGGAAAGGAAGUUGUUGUUCUUUGGAUGCUUAUGUUGAUGUUAGACACUGGUUGAGGAAUCUGAAAGUGAGGAUUCUAGGAAGCAGAUUAACAAAUUAAAGCUGUAAAUUAGAUAUUAUUGGGCCACACUCUGUGAAAUUUAUCAGGAUUAUCACUUCACAUUUUUCUCCUUAAUUAGGAAAGGUUUGGAUUUUGUCCUAUUAUUUGUCAUUCUUAGGAACAAUGAAUUGGUAAAUCCGUAAACAUUUAUGUUCCAAAAAUGUUUCAAUUUGAAAAUACCUUCUUUUUUUUUUUUUUUUUGGACGAGCGAAAAGAAUGAAAACUUUGCUAUGCAGUUGGGGACCAAGGGGACAACAAUGCAUGUGGAAUGCUAGAUUAUAAAGAUAGAGGUAGAAUAAACCAAUAACAUCAUGUACCUUCAUAAUAUAUGAAUGGACCAUCUAUUAUUAAUAUUAAAAGAGAUGGACUAUUUAUUAAGACCAUGGAAGCUUGUGUUCGAAAAAGAUGAGAACCAUGAAAGCAGGAGCUUUAUAUGGAAAGCAGGAGCUUUAUAUGGUUAUCUUUUCUCCUUCAAAAGCAGGGUCUAUCUAUUUCUCUCCAAAAAAGCCAAAGAGUGAAGUGUUCAAAUCUAAGGUGUCAAAGGAGUUCUCAGUGCCCAAUGUGCUGGCAGCCAAUCAGCCUGAAAGAUCCAACCAGCCAGGAGUUGCUUGAGGCUGUUGAACGUGAAAGGAGUUUUAGGUUUAAUCCUUCUAGAAAUGCAGCCAUAUUUCAUCAUCCAACGCUGGGGGAUUUUGAACUACAGCAUUUGCCAAUGGGGACAAAUGAUGCUGAACUUGAUGAGCGCAUAAUCCAGCACUUGGCUGCUGCUGCUGCAAUGGGACGAGCACGUCACAUUGCAAGGAGGGAAGGUAUGAGGAAUAGGUCAUCAAUUCAAGGUCGUCCGCAAUUCUUGGUAUUUUCAACACAUCCAAAUGCACCUUCUACUGGUCCUAUAUCUUCACUAGUUGCAACUCAAGGAGAAGUUCAACCAGCCCCUACAAUCACUGUUGGCACUCCAUCCUCACCUUCAAGAACUGUGGGGGAAGAAUCUUUGGUAUCAAUUACUCCUGAAACAUCUGCCCAAGCUGAUCAGCAGUCUGCCUCUGCAUCUCGCUCCAAUGUAAUUUUUGUCAAUGGUCAAGGGAUUUCCGCUCCCGUUAACAAUAGGAGGUCUCCUAAUCAGUCUUCUCCUAAUAGUCAAGAUCGAGCUGGACCUUCGGAUUUCCAGUCACUUUCAGAAUCAUUGAAAUCACGGUUUAAUGCUGUUUCAAUGAGGUACAGAGAGUCAAUUUCAAAGAGUACAAGGGGUUGGAAGGAGAGAUUUUUCUCGCGCAACACUUCCAUGGCAGGUCUGGGUUUUGAAAUUAGGAGAGAGGUUAAUGAUGGCAGCAAUGCAACAGUCUUGCGCACGAUAGAGCCUGCAGAAACCAGAGAUAAUAUUGCCAGUCCUACUGUAUCAAGCAGUUUGGAAGAUGGGUCUAAUCCAGAAUCAAAUAACCACCAGAUUGUAGAUGCCGGUGUAGAAACUCCUUUGACUGAGACCAGUGCCCAAGCUUCAUGUGCUGCAAGUUCUGCUUCCAAAUAAGUACCGGCAAUGCAUCAAGCGAAAGUGGUUUUGUGUCGAAGUUAAGACAUCUGAAGCAAGCGGUUGGGUGAUUGAGAAGAAAAGAUACUGAAAAAGCAGAAAAGUUCAUAGAUUCAAAAGUGGAGGAGGAACCCAAGUGUUGAAGAUGUGAGGAACCUCAUGAGGAUCGUAAUUUUUAACAAGCACACACGAAUUUUAGGUGUUCUGUUAAAUAAACGGUGGAUUCUGAUUAUUUUCAACAUCAUUCCUACUCUAUAAACUUAUGCAUAUAUAAACUGGUACGUUAAUUUGAAA